UAUUGUUGAACGGCAGCGAAAAUAGGACUAUCAGUUCCACUCAGAUAACCCCUAGCUGUCAUUGGACCUCAAGCCAAGCUGUGACCCCGGAGCUUGAACUCUGCGGUCAUGUGACCGGGCAGUAAAGUGACCAGUGGUGUUGCUCUGCUCUGGCUGUGGUCAGAGAGGGACAGGCUGUCAAAGAAAGAGGUUGCUGGGAGAGAGAGAGCGAGAGAACAGAGACAGAGAAAGAGCAGAGAGUCAUGAGGCAACCAGGCCCAGUGGCUUUUGCUUAGCCUACGUCCGAGCUUGAAUGGGGUGCAGGCAGCCUGGGAGAAGAAUGAAAUGGAUACAUGGGAAGAUGAUCCAGCGGACCAGCGUACUUGCCUUAUCUGUGGAGAUCGCGCCACGGGCCUGCACUAUGGCAUCAUCUCCUGCGAGGGCUGCAAGGGCUUCUUCAAGCGCAGCAUCUGCAACAAGCGCGUGUACCGCUGCAGCCGCGACAAGAACUGCGAGAUGUCGCGCAAGCAGCGCAACCGCUGCCAGUACUGCCGCCUGCUCAAGUGUCUGCAAAUGGGGAUGAACCGCAAAGCAAUCAGGGAGGAUGGCAUGCCAGGAGGGAGGAACAAAAGCAUCGGGCCUGUUCAGAUCACAGAGGAGGAGAUAGAGCGAAUCAUGUCGGGCCAGGAGUUCAAGGAGGACGCCCCGGAGCACACCUGGGGCACCAACGGCGACAGCAACCACAGCUCCCCGAGCAACGGAGCCUCGGAGGGCAAUCAGCCGUCGCCCGCCUCCACCCUGUCAUCCAACCGCUCUGUGGAAAUGAACGGCUACACGGCGGCCCUCAGGGACCAAUACCUCAACACCUCCAUGUCCACACACUACCAGCUCCUGCCUCACCUGUUCAGCUAUGCGGCCCAGUCCGGCCUGCUGGCCCCCCAGCCCCGCAGCCUCUACCCACAGUCCCACCCACUGGUGCUGCAGCUGGUGGCUGCUGAAGACCUGGCCCCCCUGGCAACCCCUAUGCUCAUAGAAGACGGGUACAAAGUGACCCAGGUGGAGCUGUUUGCACUGCUGUGCCGCCUGGCGGACGAGCUGCUCUUCCGCCAGAUCUCCUGGAUCAAGAAGCUGCCGUUCUUCUGCGAGCUCUCCAUAGAGGACUACACCUGCCUGCUCAGCUCCACCUGGCAGGAGCUCAUCCUGCUCUCCUGCCUCACCAUCUACAGCGCCCAGAUCUUUGGCGACCUGGCCGACGUCACUGCCAAGUACACGCCGUCUGACGACGAGCUGCAGGGCUUCAGCGAGGACGGCAUGGAGGUGAUGGAGAGGUUGAUCUAUCUGUUCCGCAAGUUCCACCAGUUGAAGAUCAGCAACGAGGAGUAUGCCUGUAUGAAAGCCAUCAACUUCCUCAACCAAGAUAUCAGAGGAUUGUCCAACAUCUCCCAGCUGGAGCAGCUGAACAAGCGCUACUGGUAUGUGUGUCAGGACUACGCUGAAUAUAAGUACCCGCACCAGCCCAAACGCUUCCCUGAGAUCAUGAUGUGUCUCCCUGAGAUCCGCUGCAUCGCAGGGAAGCUUGUGAAUGUCCCUCUGGAGCAGCUCCCACUCUUGUUCAAAGCAGUCUUGCACUCCUGCAAAUCCAGCCUGACCAGCUACAGGACCGGCCCGUCGCCCUGCGUGACCACCUCCUCCGGAAACUAG